UGCAGUAAGGUUCCCGCGGCGCCGCUGGGCCGUCGUCCCCACCUGCACCUGGGCCGGCGACGGAGGCCCUGGAGCCAUGGGUGACUGGGGCUUCCUGGAGAAGCUGCUGGACCAGGUGCAGGAGCACUCGACCGUGGUGGGCAAGAUCUGGCUGACGGUGCUCUUCAUCUUCCGCAUCCUCAUCCUCGGCCUGGCCGGCGAGUCGGUGUGGGGCGACGAGCAGUCCGACUUCGAGUGCAACACGGCGCAGCCAGGCUGCACCAACGUCUGCUACGACCAGGCCUUCCCCAUCUCCCACAUCCGCUACUGGGUGCUGCAGUUCCUGUUCGUCAGCACGCCCACCCUGGUCUACCUGGGCCACGUCAUCUACCUGUCUCGGCGAGAGGAGCGGCUGCGGCAGAAAGAGGGGGAGCUGCGGGCGCUGCCUGCCAAGGACCCGCAGGUGGAGCGGGCCCUGGCGCACGUGGAGCGUCAGAUGGCCAAGAUCUCGGUGGCGGAGGACGGCCGCCUCAGGAUCCGCGGGGCGCUGAUGGGCACCUACGUGGCCAGCGUGCUCUGCAAGAGCGUGCUGGAGGCGGGCUUCCUCUACGGCCAGUGGCGCCUCUACGGCUGGACCAUGGAGCCCGUGUUCGUGUGCCAGCGCGCGCCCUGCCCCUACCUGGUGGACUGCUUCGUCUCUCGCCCCACAGAGAAGACCAUCUUCAUCAUCUUCAUGCUGGUGGUCGGACUCAUCUCCCUGGGGCUUAACCUGCUGGAGCUGCUGCACUUGCUGUGUCGCCGCCUCAGCCGGGAGAUGCAGGCCCGGCACAGCCGCGAUGCCAGCCCUGCCCAGGGCGCCUCCUCGGACCCCUACACGGACCAGGUCUUCUUCUACCUCCCCAUGGGCGAGGGGCCUUCGUCCCCGUCAUGUCCCACCUACAACGGGCUCUCGUCCAGUGAGCAGAACUGGGCCAACCUGAACACGGAGGAGAGGCUGGCUUCCUCCAGGCCGCCCCUGUUCCUGGACCCACCCCCCCAGGCUGGCCGGAAGUCCCCCAGUCGCCCCAGCAGCUCUGCUUCCAAGAAGCAGUAUGUGUAGGGGCUGGGGUUUAUGUCACCAACAGAGGGGCCCCGAGAGGUCGGACUGCCUCAGACACCCACUCCUUGAAGUCUGUAGAGAGGACUGCUGGGAGGUCAGGGGCCUCCCCGUGGCGUGCCUGAAUACCUGCCCUCCUGGCGCCCGCAGGACGGGACGGCUUUGCCCCAGGCAGAGCCAGCUCGGGUGCUCCUGGACAGACGACGGGCCGAGGGUAUCACUGUGAGUCCUCUGGCCUCCCUCGCCCUCCCCUCCUGGCAGAACUGCUGCCCCGGUUGUCCUCACAGGCAGAGGCUGACGAGGCUGCCGGGCGGGCCCGAACCCUCGGAAGACAGCCUCCACCCAGCCCGUCAAGGGGACGAGGCCAGUUCUCAUCAUCCUUCCCAGUUCCGCUCUGUAUGCCUCUGAAAUAAACAGGGCCUGACCACGAGGAGACGUGGCCUGGUGCUGUGCGCCUCGGGGCGGGAGGCUGUUCGCCAGCUUCCUCCUGGCCCUGCAGGAGCCUGUCUUUGGUCUCUGCAGCCCGACCCCAGUCAACACCUUCCCUUGCAAACUCACACCUUCCCCCCCUCGACAGCCCGAGUCCUAAACUGCCUGCCUCUGAGGCAUCGCAGGACUCUGCUUUCCCCCUCUGCCCCAGCCCCUCCGAUGCCCAUUAACCAACCUGCCCACUGAGCAGAGGCCAACCAGUGUCCUCCCGCAGCCUGCCCGUGCCCAGCCAGCGGCCAGCCGUGCUACCCCCAGCAAUAUGCUCCCCGUGAGCCUGCCAGCCUACCCUUCCUAGUCCAGACUAUGGGCCCUUUCAUCCAGGACGCUUGGUCCCUCCUACUUCGGCCCUUCCAAGCCUGCCCUCCAGAGGGACAGUCAGGACCCAUGCCCACUCUCCUCCCCAUAUACCCAGAGCUCACCAGACACACAGUGAGUCCACAGGUGGGGGCUGGGUCUCACACUAAGUCACAAGGGCUGCAGGAAUGAAGAGACAAUCCAACAGGCAGACAAGGCCUCGGGGAGGAAACCGCUCACAUAAAGGCCCAUGGAAGGGAGUGGCCGGGGCGGAGAGGUGCUGAGGCUGACGGGCCAUCUAGAGUACAGACGGAUGCUGGGGUGAGGCCCCUGCUGCCUGAACUGGCCGUCCUGUGGAGGGUGACCCAGAUGGGGGAGGGCACUAAGGGUCAAGCUGGUGUCCCUCCUGCGCAGGGAGGCCUGGGCAGGGUGCACCCCACAUGGCCACACGCCUCU